GGCGAUCAUCGGGAUGUUCUUCCAAGAUGGAUUGACCGGUUCUGCUUGGGGCGAUUGGAGCCUGUACACUACCUCCCCUCUCCGUGCUGGCAGGGAACCUAGAAUUGCCCGGAACUUCUUCGGGGGAGACUCCACUAGCUAUGCCAGCUUCGACCCUGCGAAGGAACUUGGUGUGCAGGAUCCCAUCGGAUUUUGGGACCCGCUUGGCUUGAGCGCGGACAAGGAUGAGGCAACCUUCAAGCGCCGUCGUGCUGUGGAGAUCAAGCACGGCCGCAUCGCCAUGUAUGCAACCAUGGGCUACAUCGUUCCGGAGUACUACAAGUUCCCAGGAUACCUUUCACCAUCUCUUGGGCUUAAGUUUGCCGAUGUGCCAAAUGGCCUUGCAGCGUUGUCCAAGCUGCCAGUGCUUGGCGGUGCCCAGAUCAUUGCCUUCGCUGGUUUGAUUGAGACAACUGGGUUCUUCCAGGCAGCUUCCACCACGGAUGGACGCGGCCCUCGUGAGGGUCAGUUCAGCAUGAAGGAUUCCACUGAGACAGGCGAGCCAGGCAACUACGGCGUCGGAUUUCCCACCUUCCUGGGCAAGGUUGAGGACCCUGAAGCGCGCAAGACCAAGCUCGCUGCCGAGCUGGCUAAUGGACGACUGGCAAUGAUGGCCCCUUGGUAG